AUGGCCUCGCUCACGCCUGUGGACCGGAAUCCUUCCAUCCCAACUCUCACAUGCGAAUCCUGCCGGCAGCGCAAGAUCAAAUGCGACAAGCUGACUCCCUGCACAAACUGCCAAAAGGCCGGCAUCAACUGUGAAUCCGUGCAUCGUAGGCGAUUGCCCAGAGGGCGUCAUAUUAAUAAAUCCAAUGGUACCGGUCAUAACCUGCACUUGCAGAACAAAAUCGAUAGAUUAGAGGCAUUGGUCAACGUGGCUCUUGCGGGACCAAACACAAACACGCUGAGCUCGGAUGGUGCCAGUUCUAGAAGUGUUACUGACGGGCCUUUAACACCUGGCGAUAAUACCGACACGGACAACAGCUCCGCUGCUCCUCAACUAUGGGGUAACCUUGUCAAGCAAGUCCCAGACUUUAGCAGCGAACAUGCAAGAGGAGAAAACAAAAGGAAUGAGAUGCAGCCUGCGUUUACUGGAUUUCCCCUCGGUCAGCUAGGUGGUACUCAAUUGCAUUCGCUGUCGCUCCGUCCCACUCCUCCUGUGAUAGCUGCCCUAUGCAAUGUGUACCUCGAUCAGGUAGACCGCAUUAUCAAGGUUUUGCAUCGGCCAUCGUUAAAGAGCCGUUUUCUUGAUGGAACUUCCUACUCUGUUAGCAGGAACUCUAUAGCUGCCGAAAACGCCCUCGAUUCCGCCGUGUUUUAUGCAGCCGUUGCGAGCAUGACAGAUCGACAGUGUCAAUCACUUUUUCAAUGCAACAGGGCAACAGUGCUACCCGAAUAUCAAAAAGCGUGUGAGAUGUCUUUGGAAAGGGCGGGUUUGACAAGCACACGAGAUGUGACAGUUCUUCAAGCCUUUGUCCUGUACCUCGUUGCCACACGAGCUCACGACAGGUCGCGUACUGUAUGGACUCUUGUUGCCACAGCGGUGCGGCUUGCCCACGCGCUCAAUCUGCAUGUCGAGUUUCUUCAUCCAUCAGAAACUUUCUUCGCCCGACAGAUGCGAAAAAGGCUAUGGUUAACUAUAUGUCUUUUGGACAUGCAAACGUGUAUUGAGCCGGAUUCAAAACCUCUCAUUCCACUCGACAUGAUGCAAAUCUCUCCACCAUUCAACGUGAAUGACUCGGACUUUGACCAUUCGCAUCAAGGCAGGGUUCCCGAGGAACGUGAUGGGGUGACGGAUAUGACUUUUGCGCUCAUAACAUACAAGCUACAAACGCUUGCGCGAAGUAUGCAUCGCAUCAAGGUAGACAAGAAGUUUGAGUCUACACGCGAAGGGCUGGUUGCAGCUUUUGAAAAUGACAUCUAUCAACUUGCAGAAUCUUGCAAUCCAGAUGAUAAUACCUAUUCAUGGUUUAUUUAUCACGGGUCCCGCUCCCUGAUAGCAUCAGCACAGCUUUUCACUAUGGAGUCUAUCGCUGAAUCGUCACCUUCAACUCAGGCGCGCUGCUCUGUACUCGAGCUGUGUGCAAACGCCAUCGAAAAUGUUUCUCGCAUGCAGAAUGACGAGCGCGGUGAGGGAUUUAGAUGGUAUGUUACUCCACAGUGGCCAGCAGUUGCCUUGGCCGUCAGGGAGUGCUACGUCUCUACCGAUUUUGCUACGAUCAGACGGGUGUGGCCGCUAAUUGAAGAAGUAUUUGAGCGAUACCAGAACGCCAACUCCUGUCUGAAUGGAGAACCGCGGUCAGAAAUGCUAAGGAAGCUGAUGGAUACUACCAGAGAAAGAGUCCAUAUGGUACUUUCAGAGAAUAAUGUCUCUUCUUCGGAAGAUUUGAUCUCUCCCCUGGGAGAGGCAUUUUCUGAAAGCCAAGCAGUGAACCUAGCUAGCCCGUCAUGGGCCGAGUGGGAAAGCUUCAUGGCCGAGCUUUCCUCCGGACAAUGGACUCAUAACAAUCCGGAUGACUUGGAAGGGGACUUUUGUAUCAGACCAGAGCUGGUCUUUCCGUUUGGCUAG